GACACAAAUGCGAGAUGAUGAUGUUAUUGCGUUUCUGGGCCCCGACGAAGGGUGUACUUCCGAAGCCUUGGUUGCCGCUGCGUGGAACAUGCCUAUGAUAUCUUAUAAAUGCACUGAUACAGCGGUUUCAAAUAAAUCCGUGUUUCAUAGUUUUGCCCGGACUUUGGCGCCAGCCUCCAAGGUUUCCAAAAGUGUUAUAGCACUUUUAACUGCUUUCGAUUGGCGUAAGUUUUCCAUCAUAGCUGGCGGUCGUCCAGAAUGGGGAUCCGAAGUGGCCCAGGCAAUCCGUGCUUUAGCACUGACGGAGAAUCUUACAGUAAUGAAUUAUCGGGAAAUUUCUGACUACAUUCCGAUUCAGUCAACUCUGCAGAACAUGCAAAAGAUAGUAGAUGAAACCUACGAGACGACAAGGAUAUAUGUCUUCGUGGGUGAGCACAUUGCAAUGGUGGAUUUUGUCAGAUGUUUGCAGAACCGAAGGCUUCUGGAAACUGGGGAUUAUAUCGUGAUUUCGGUGGAUGACGAGAUAUAUGAUCCGACAAGACGUUUGAAUAUCAUGGAAAGAGAAUAUUUGGAUCCAUACAUCAAAAGGGUCAGAAGCAGGGCUCUCGAUCUGCAGUCAUUUCAAUCCGUCCUUAAGAUAAGUAUGUCACAUCCCCUCAAUCCGGACUUUAGAAAUAUCUGCGAUAAAAUAAAGGACUCUUCCAGAAAACCCCCUUUUUUAGUACCAUAUCACGAGAAAGUCUUCGAUAAUCUGUCGGUGCCAAUCUACGGAGCCCACUUAUAUGAUGCUGUAUUCAUUUACGCUCAGGCCAUUUCCGAAAUUUUGCGCAUUGGAAGAAACAUCCGUGAUGGGCGUCUCGUAAUGAGCCACAUAUUUAAUAGGUCCUACCACUCUAUUCAAGGAUUCGAUGUUUUCAUUGAUUCGAGUGGAGACGCUGAGGGCAAUUACACCGUAAUAUCCCUACACGAUGACGCCUCGCAGUCAUCAAAUAAUUUAUUUAAAAUGUCUAUGCAGCCUGUUGGUUACUUUGUCUACAACACUCAGACCACUUUGCCGGAAUUUCGUUACAUAAAAGCAGAUCGACAGAUUCGUUGGCUAAAAGGACGACCGCCUCAAGCCGAACCAUUAUGUGGAUUCUUUGGCGAACUGUGUAAGCCCAGGAAAUUGGAUUUACGUUACGUGCUGGCUGGAACAUUAGUCUCGCUAUUUGCGACUGUCGCUGUAGUCCUGUUGAUUAAGCACUAUCGAUAUGAACAAACUUUGGCAUGUUUACUCUGGAAGGUCGAUAUGAAGGAAGUAACGUUGAUUAAUGUCGAAAAUAACGAACUUGGAGGAAGGAGUAAGAACUUGAUUCAAACUUGUAGACAUAGUCUUACAACAGGUGGCGAUACCUCCAAGAGAGCUUACACUACCAUUGGACUUUAUCGCGGAAACAUCGUUGCUAUAAAAAAGGUUUACAAGAAAUCCGUUGAUAUCACACGAUCAAUCCGUAAGGAGUUGAAACAAAUGCGAGAGGUGCAACACGAGAAUCUUGUUGGCUUUGUUGGCGCAUCUAUUGAUCAUGGAGCCGUCGCCAUUUUAACGACCUACUUCGCCAGAGGCAGCCUGGAAGACGUUUUAGCUAACGAAGAUUUGCAUUUGGACCAUAUGUUUAUCAGCUCCCUUGUAAGCGAUAUUCUCAAGGGAAUGAUAUAUUUGCAUGAUUCCGAUAUCAUAUCACAUGGAAAUUUGCGAUCCAGCAAUUGCUUGGUGGAUUCACGAUGGGUUUGUAAAAUUUCCGACUUUGGAUUGCAUGAAUUUAAACGUGAGAAAGAGUUGAAACGUUCACUUUGGAGAGCCCCCGAAAUUCUGCGACACAUCAACCCUCCGCCUCGUGGCACUCAAAAGGGAGAUGUAUAUUCAUUUGGUAUCGUUCUUUACGAGAUCAUUGGAAGAAAGGGACCCUGGGGUGAACUUUCAUAUUCAAAGGAAGAAAUUAUAAAACGUGUUAUGAAUCCUGCUCUUUUUGGGGUGGGGUAUUUUCGACCCCCACUUAGCUUCCUUGACAUUCCUGAUUACAUUAAACAUUGCCUUCGUUCUUGUUGGGAAGAAGACCCGGAGAUACGACCAGAUAUUCGACUGGUUCGAGUGAAGUUAAAACCUUUACAAGCUGGUCUGAAGCCUAACAUUUUUGAUAAUAUGCUAGCAAUCAUGGAAAAAUAUGCUUAUAAUUUGGAAGGUCUCGUUCAAGAAAGGACUAUGUUGCUGUGCGAGGAGAAGAAAAAAACAGAUCGAUUAUUAUAUCGAAUGCUUCCGAAAUCUGUGGCAGAUUCAUUGAAGCGUGGGGAGCCAGUAGAAGCCGAAUGUUUUGAUUGCGUUACAAUAUUUUUCAGCGAUCUUGUUGGUUUCACCGAACUGUGUGCAAAAAGCACCCCACUCGAGGUGGUGGAAAUGUUAAACGAUCUUUAUACAUGUUGUGAUUCGAUUAUUUCCGGAUAUGAUGUCUAUAAGGUUGAAACUAUUGGCGACGCGUACAUGGUUGUAUCUGGACUGCCUAUCCGAAAUGGAGACAGACAUGCUGGCGAAAUUGCAUCAUUAUCACUUGACUUACUCGAACAAGUAUCGAAGUUGGAAAUUAGACAUCGACCAGGAGAAAACCUCCAAUUUCGAAUCGGGAUACAUUCAGGACAAUGUGUAGCAGGGGUUGUAGGAUUGAAGAUGCCUCGAUAUUGUCUGUUUGGAGAUACAGUCAACACAGCCUCCAGGAUGGAAAGUACUGGUGAAAAGAUGAAGAUUCAUAUUUCUGAGACAACAUACCAAUUAUUAGAACGUGUAGGGGGCUACAUCUGCCAAGAGCGAGGAUACACGCUAAUCAAGGGAAAAGGCGAAAUGAAAACUUAUUGGCUUCUGGGUCAGGAAAAAACACGAAAACACCGACCCAAUAAUUUGAAUGGAGAUAGUGGAAAUUCACCAUUAAUCCACCCCAGCGAUGUUCAACCUGAUCUCAUAUGCAGUGCAGAAGUUUACGAUCAUCCACCAUGCACGCCUUUACUUCAGCAUUCCCGAUUUCAUCUUCUGAAUGCCCGCGAACGUGCAGAAUUGAACCAUAGAAAAUUAGUUUGCAAUGGAGUGUAUGGCAGCGCAUCAAGUGACCAAUACUUAACGGCUACAAAAUCAAAAAAAUACGAUUACACUAGAAGUAUGUGUUUUAAUUGUCAAAGUGCUCGACACAUUGCGAGCAAGUAUAGUAUUACGAAUGGAAGCAUAUCAUCUGCUAGAGAGAGCAUUGAAGGAAUAUCUAGGGAUGUGCCCAAGGUAUCGGCCAUUGAUUCAAACACGAAAUAUUUAUGUGUAUGUGAUCUACGUUCAGGCGGGACAAGCCAUUCACGGGGCCCCCAAUCUGCACCUCACAUAACCUUUAUGCAGAGGGACGCGUAAGUCGGAUAGGGUGCCUAGGAAACUUUUCACACUAUCCGUAUGGGCUUUUCCCACCUAUCCAAUUUGAUGAAUGUCAGCUCCAAAAGCAAGAACAUUUCCGCAAUGAUCUAAACGUCUUAACUGUAUACAUAACCGUUUUCCAUAUCACCGAACUUUAAAAAUGUUGAAUGAUACUUUUUAAAAUCAGACAACGACAAAUUGAAAUCAGAUAGAAGUAAAUGUAACGCAACAUAAGCUUCCUGGAAU